AUGUGCUACUGUGGAAACUACUACGCACGUCUUGGCUACGAUUAUGGCUGUGGCUUUGGCUGUGGCUAUGGAUGCAUGGGUUAUGACUGCGGCUAUGGCAGAUUAGGAUAUGGCUGCUACCACCCAUGUUGCUGUGGGAGAUACUGGUCCUGUGGAUUCUACUGA